CAAAACGACAGAAAUAGGCGGUCGUUUUGAAAUGCCCCUUUGGGCAUUUCAGUCCCCAAUAGCAUCAACAACACCACAGCGCUCAUUCGCGAAGCCAUGGCCUCUCUUGUUCGUGGAGCCGCAUCUCUUACCCGCGUUGGUCUCUCCUCUUCCAAGACUCCCAUUCAACUCAUCCACCGCCGCGGCCUCGCCGGAGCCGCCGAUCACCAUGGCCCUCCAAAAGUUGACUUCUGGAAAGAUCCAAUGAGCCCGUCUAAAUGGAAGGAAGAGCACUUUGUGAUUAUAUCUUUAAGUGGCUGGGGGCUACUCUUCUAUGGGGGAUACAAGCUCUUCACAGGAGGCAAGGGCAAGAAAGAAGAGGAAUCGAUAAAAGCAUCAUCACACUGAAGUCUGGAGAAUAUUUACAAUUCAAAUUGUUCUUGAUAAUAAUGCGAACGGCCAGACUUUUGAGUUUUUCAUACUCAGUCUUGUUUGAUGACAAACAAAUAUUGUCUAGUUAUCCAUUAAUCUUUGCAGACAAUGAAUAUUGGGAGAUGAUUUUUUCCAGAACAAUGUGUUACAUUUAAGUUUAUAUAUGCCAGUUUUGUGCUAAUUCCUGCCUUCCGAUACAUUUUCAAGCAUUUACUUUUAUUGACACAC